UCUCCACUCGCCAUGGCUGCCGCUUCCUUGGCUCCGUCCACCGCCUCCUUCGCGCCGGCGCCGGGGAGGGUAAAUCCCGCCACGGCGCUUGCACUCCUCAGGAGGCCUCCCGGGCGCGUCCUUCUCAGGGUGGCCAGCGAAUCCUCCUCGAUUGCCGGUGACACGCUGCUGGGUUUGUAUGAGCAAGAGAGGUUAGGCCGCUCGCUAUAUGAUAACGAGGGUUCAAACAAAGAGAUGUACUGGGAGAAUUUGGAUGCGGAUUUGCGAUACUGGACCAGAUCCCUGCGCCCGGUGCAGUGGUAUCCUGGUCAUAUUGCAAAAACCGAGAAGGAACUGAAAGAACAGCUAAAGCUUAUGGAUGUUGUCAUAGAGGUUCGCGACGCUAGGAUUCCCUUGGCAACAAGCCAUCCUAAGAUGGAUUCCUGGCUAGGCAAUCGGAAAAGGAUCAUAGUCAUGAACCGUGAAGACAUGGUGUCUACUGAGGACAGAAAUGCAUGGGCCUCUUACUUUGCUAAUCAGGGUACCAAAGUUGUUUACUCAAAUGGGCAACUGGGUAUGGGUACAAUGAAAUUAGGAAGAAUGGCAAAAUCACUAGCAUCUACUGUGAACACAAAGCGAAGAGAAAAGGGGUUACUUCCCCGUGCGGUUCGAGCUGGAAUAGUUGGAUACCCAAAUGUUGGCAAAUCUUCCUUAAUUAAUCGCUUGCUAAAACGAAGAAUGUGUCCAGCAGCACCUAGACCAGGUGUUACAAGAGAGUUGAAGUGGGUUCGUUUUGGGAAUGAUUUAGAGCUAUUAGAUUCACCUGGCAUUUUGCCUAUGCGAAUUAGUGACCAGACAGCUGCAAUUAAACUUGCUAUAUGUGAUGAUAUUGGAGAAAGGUCAUAUGACUUUGCAGAUGUGGCAGCGAUUCUCGUGCAGUUAUUAGUAAGACAUCCAGCUGUAGGUCCUGAAGCGUUUCGAAGACGGUAUAGGCUUGAGAUGGAUAGCGAUUGUGGGAAAAUGUUUGUGACAAAGCUCUCUGUUCACUUGUUCAAUGGAGAUGCCAGCCAAGCAGCCUUCCGCAUCUUAUCUGACUACCGAAAAGGCAAAUUUGGCUGGGUUGCCCUGGAGAGACCCCCAACAUGACCAAUGGAGAUGUCACACAUUCUUUAGAUGUUAUAGCUGCUUUAGUGCUUUGUUCAUAGUUCAGCACACAUGAAUUACAGUGCCCUUUGUGGCAACCAUCAUAGCGUAAACGUUCUGUUGAACGAAGAUGAAGAAUGGAAUUGAUUGCGCCUUUGUGUAGAGGAAACGUAGUUACUUGGAUGUAAACGACUAGAGUUAAUUUGUAAGAGAACAAGGCAGGCUGAGAUAAGAUAACUACA